AUGGGAUUUGUCUGUUACCUUGGAGUUCCAUACAGCAAUGGCAUGGGCUGUACUGACAGGCCUGGCUCCAACCUCCCCCCAUGCUAUCCAUGUGAAGGAGGCUCUCAACAGAGCAGCGAGAGAGACCAGGGAUGCAACCCAUCCGUGCCACUGCCUCUCUAUGAGAACCAGAGUAUCAUAGAGCAGCCGCUGGACCUGUGGAGCCUGACUGAAAAGUAUACCUCUGCCGCAGUCAGGAUUCUUCAUAGUGCAAGAUACUGUCUCCCACCUCUGCACAUUUGGCACUAAGGGAGAGGAAGUAGCCAUUCCUGUUGUAUGUGGCACUCGCCCACAUGCACGUGCCACUGGCUCAUGGGGGGGUGGCUGAGGGCGAGG